CUUGGCACACAUAGCCUAGUUCCCACCCACACACGCGCGCAGACGCAGAGUGAGUGGGUAAAGCAAAAUCAUGAAGUGUUGUUCCUCCCUGCACUUGCUCUCUUCUUCUUCUUAGUUAUCAUUCCUUCCUUCCUUCCUUUCGAUUUCCGCAUUCAUUCAAUGGCACUUACAACACUCUCUCUGCUCCCACCCUCCACUCCUCCCUGCUUCUGCGGCACCCUCCAUCUCCGCUCCCACAACAGCUUCCUUUCCAUCCAUUCUCCUUCUUCUUCUUCUCCCUUUCCUUCCUUCUCCUCAAUUUCAAUUCCCAACCACUCUCCCACGCGCCGCCGCUUUCACACUGUCUUCGCCGCUUCCUCCGACUACUAUUCCACUCUCGGAAUCCCCAAAUCCGCCACCGGCAAGGAAAUCAAAGCCGCCUAUCGAAGGUUAGCUCGCCAGUACCAUCCUGACGUGAAUAAGGAGCCCGGGGCAACUGAAAAGUUCAAAGAGAUUAGUGCUGCCUAUGAGGUGCUAUCAGAUGAUAAAAAGAGGGCCUUAUAUGAUCAAUAUGGCGAGGCAGGAGUUAAGAGUGCAGUCGGAGGAGGGUCAAGUGCCUAUACGACAAAUCCAUUUGAUUUAUUUGAGACAUUUUUUGGGCCAAGCAUGGGUGGCUUUGGUGGCAUGGAUCCAACUGGAUUUGGAACUCGUCGUCGUAGUACCGUUACUAAGGGUGAAGACAUUCGGUAUGAUUUUUCCUUAGAGUUUUCUGAGGCAAUUUUUGGAACAGAGAAAGAAUUUGAGCUUUCUCAUUUGGAAACAUGUGAAGUCUGUACUGGUACUGGAGCAAAGAUAGGCUCCAAGAUGAGAGUAUGUUCAACUUGUGGUGGGAGAGGUCAAGUGAUGAGGACUGAACAAACACCUUUUGGGUUGUUCUCACAGGUUUCAGUAUGUCCCAACUGUGGAGGGGAUGGUGAAGUCAUAUCUGAAUAUUGCCGUAAAUGCAAUGGUGAAGGACGAAUACGGGUUAAUAAAAAUAUUAAAGUUAAAGUUCCUCCUGGUGUUAGCUCAGGCAGUAUUCUAAGAGUUACAGGGGAGGGUGACGCUGGACCAAGAGGGGGCCCUCCAGGAGAUCUGUACGUAUAUCUUGAUGUGCAAGUGAUACCUGGAAUUCAAAGAGAUGACAUUAAUCUCGUCUCAAUAAUAUCAAUCAGUUAUCUAGAUGCUAUACUGGGGGCUGUUGUGAAGGUAAAGACAGUUGAAGGCAUUUCAGAACUACAAGUACCUGCUGGUACCCAACCUGGAGAUGUCCUUGUCCUUGCAAGAAAAGGUGUACCAAAAUUAAAUAAACCAUCAAUACGUGGUGACCACUUAUUUACAGUUAAAGUUACAAUACCAAAAAGGAUUAGUACAAAGGAGCGUGAGUUGCUUGAAGAACUUGCUUCUCUAGGUGACACAAGCAGACGUUCAAAAUCCCGUCCUAGGACUCACUCUUCCACAGGUGGUACGGAAAGUCCGAAAGCUCAAAAGGAUGAAAGUACAACAUCAACAGUCGAAGAAAAAACUGAAAAAUCAGAAGAUGAAAAUGAUGUAUGGAAUAAAUUGAAGGACUUUGCUGGAUCUGUGGCAAAUGGAGCUUUAAAGUGGUUUAAAGAUAAUCUCUAGUCCUAUGGGGUUGUUGGGUGGAGCAGAAUCUUCAAGAUGUAGUUUACCUAAUGUGGGUUAGAGUUCUCAUGAUUCCAACAGUUACUGGAAGGAAAGGGACUAAUGCAGACAUUUUCUUGAAAUGCUUUAACUGAAUUUUUAGCUACCCAGCGAAAUCAAAUAAGUAGUGAUGCAGAUUCUUUUAUUUGUUUUUGAUUUGUAAAUUUUGGCACCAGUCAAUUUACACAGAAUAACUUGUUCAAGGAUCUCAAAUUGUACUCCAUGAGCAGGUUGCACUAAGAGAAAGCUAGUGUAUAUCUGGUAGGAAGUCUAAGCUCUUCUACACGAGUGAAUGAAUUACCUAAAAAUUUAGUUAUUGAGUGAAUCCUUGUGUUUA